AUAUAUUUAUUAUUACUCUCAAAAAGAUAUGCAAAAUCAUUUAUUUGUUGAAUACUUGUUAAUAAAAAGGUACUGGACUCUUAAUUUCUUUUACCUCCACUUUAUAUCUUUUUUCCAGAUAUCAUCCAAUCGGUAACUACAUUUUCGGAAAGAACAACUCUUUUUAUGUUUAAAUACCAAUUGUUUAGAAAUUUUUGUUUAGGUACUCAAAUUAGAAAGAUUAAAACAGAAAGGCCUCCUGCGAUUUAAUGGGAUUUAAAUAUAUCGUUUUCAUUCACAAUUAAGAAACAGUUUAUUAGCUCACUGCUCAUUCCCAUUAAAAGGCAAUGAGUGUUUUUUAUAGUGUAGUUGUCAACCACAUGCACAACUAAGAGGCCAGGACAAUUUUUGUCGAGGCUUCUUUUAAUUUACGAAAGUUAUUUUAAAACUUAUAGGUGGAACGAAAAAUCGAACUUGAGAUUUAUCAAGUUUUUCACUCCCGUAUGAAAUUUACAUUUCAAGCUAAUAUUCUACAAUUUUUUUGAUUAAAUAAAUAGAAAUUAUUAAAUAAAUAUUUAAAAAUUUAACGUUUAAUUCGAUUAAAGGAAUUAUACUGACGACUGGCGGUAACGGUCUCGACGCGAUAAUGUAAAUAACAUUUCCCCAUGUUGUCAAAAAACAUUGUAUUUCUGUGUUUAUGUUUAUUUUCCAUUGCGAUCGUGAGACUUGUCGAGGUGACGGCAACCGUGAGAAUCUUGUCAAAGUAGUUGAUCGCAGUAGUUUGAAACGAUAGGCACAACGUAACGUGACAUUAUGCAGUCAAAUCGCCAACGUGAUACUGAGCAGCCAGAUGAUCAACGUUAUAUCAAACGAAGAAAUAAUACGGAACAAAAAGAUCCGAUACUCUAUGUUGCCGAGAAUGCCCAGAAUGUGUCCAUCAAUAUGAACGGCGUAACGAAUAUAGUGCUAGAGACGUUACACUAUAUGCGCCGCAAUUACGACAAUCACAAUUUAGAUGCGGUCACAUAUAAUUACGUGCGACUGUCGACCGAAUUUCAUCCUAAAGUAAAUGAUCCCACGGCAGCAGACUGGCUGUUCGUAUUGAAUACAUUGAAUUAUUCACUCUGGACUCCAAAAGGCCAACAGGAAUGGAAAGUUGACGGACUAACUGGCUACCUGGCAUUGUGCGCUGCUCUUAAAAGAGCUGUUGACGAUGGACUGCCAAUUUGGGAUUCUGCGUUUUAUAAAAACAUAUCUAUAAACAACAUGAAACACAUUUUCCGGGGUGAUAACAACACUUUUAUUCCACGUAUUUUCUCAAAAUUAAGAACUCUGCACCGUGUUGGAGAAGUUUUAGUGGACAAGUAUAAAGGUACUUUCAAGCAAUGUAUCUUAUCAUGUAAUCGCAAUCCUAUGAUAUUAGGGGCCAUAUUACGUGAUCACUUCCCAUCAUUUUAUGACAUGCAUACGUACGAUGAUGAAACAGUUCCUUUAAACAACAAAGCUUGGAUAUUAGUAACCGACAUAUGGGCCUUCUUUCCCGAGGAGCAUGAGCUUGCUAUUAAUAUAGAAAUAAAGAAAAUUCCAACGAUAUUUGUCGAUUACCGUGUUCCUCAGAUUCUCCAUCAUUUUAACGCUCUCGUUUAUAGUAAGAAUUUGUUGGAUAAGCUUGAAAAAAGUGACAAACCUUUGGUACAUGGCAGCAGAGAGGAAUUAGAGAUACGUUGUUGUUCACUUAUAAUACUAAAAUACGCGCAUAAAUUAAUGAUGGACAAGUAUAGCGACCAGUAUACUGUAUAUUUACCCGAAUUAGAACUAUCAAAUUUCGAUGGAAUGUGUCUAUUCGACAACUUUCUGUGGGACUAUCGACAACUAUUCGAUGAGCAAUUGAAGAAGAAUCCAUUAUUCAAGAUUGACACUGAUCAAUAUUAAAACAAUUUGUAUCGUCACAAAUGCGCUUUGAAUGAUAUCAUUUUUUCAUGUUUUAUUCGUACUAUUUACAUUGAAACAUAUUUCUGAAUUACUGAAAACAUAGAAACAAUAUAAUAAGAAAAAUGUGAAAGACGGUUGAUUCUGAUUUUAUAUCUCUCGAUUAAGAUUUUUUAAAAAGGAAAGAUUCUUUUAAUAUUUUGAUAUGAAAAUUAUUUGUAAUACAUAAUCAUUAAACUGAUAAUUAUAAUUAAAUAAAAAAUUAUAUUUGAAUAUAGUCAAUUAAAUAUUACAAUUAAUAAUAUUAUAUUGAGUAUGAAUAGAAUAAUUAUAUGUAAUUUUAAAAACUUCAGAAAAUUUUAAUUUUUUGGAAUAUUAUUAUAUUAUUACACGUUGAUAUGUAAAAGAUUUUCACAUUAUUUUUGUGCUUCUCAAAUAUUAUUUCUAUGAUCAUAUAUUAUAACGAAUGUAGAAAAUGUAUUUUAUCUUGGUCAAAGUUUACCAACUUUUAUUACGUUCGUACUAAUUAAAUUUUAAUAAAAAGUUACUGCAUCGAAA